GUAGCUUGUGAAAUUUUCAAGUGCACUGUCUGAAUGAAAAGUGCAGUGGACACGAGCAUGAUCAAGGAGAACAAGUGGAACAUCCCCCCCAAUGCUCCAGCCUGCAUGGAGAAGCAUCUGUGUGCGGCGCAGUACAGAGCAGAUGGCACCCUGCUGCUUGGUGCCUCCAGCCUCACUGGCAGGAGCUGGCAGGGAUCUGUGUGGAUCUACAGCGACCCUGAGCAGGCCCCUAGCGAGGGCUUCUGCAAAGCCGGCGUGCAGACUGAGGCUGGUGUCACAGAUGUCAAAUGGGUGUCAGAAAAAGGAGUUGUUGUAGCAUCAGAUUCAGGUGCCUUGGAGCUCUGGGAGCUGGCAGAGGACGAGCGCCUGUUGGUGAAUCGAUUUACCAAACAUGACCAUGACCAUAUUGUCACCACAGUGAGCCCUGUUCCUGGAGCAAGCAGUGCCAUCACUGGCAGCAUGGACUGCCGAAUUAAAGUCUGGGAUCUUAGUCAGGAGACAGUUGUCACUACAUACAAUGUGCAUACACAGCCGGUCAAUUGCAUUGCCUGCAGUCCUACAGAUGAUUCUCUCUUCAUCUCCUGUGGCCAAGACGGCCGUGUGUUAAUGUGGGACAGAAGGAAGCCAAACAAACCUGCCUCAAAAAUAGAUGUAGAGUCUCCCAGCUGCUCCCCCACCACUGUAGCUUGGCACCCCCACCACAGAAGCACCAUUGCAUUUGGUGAUGAGCUGGGCAGAGUGACCGUGAAGGAUUUCCUGGGAACAGAGCCGGCUCGGGUGGAGAACGUCCACAGCCGCAGAGUUAACGGCCUCGCUUUCUCCACACACAAUGCCUCCUUGCUAGCCUCCGUUAGUGAUGACUGUUCUCUCGCUGUUAUGAACACUGACCUGCAAGAAAUACACAGAGAUCGGCGACACCGGGACUUCGUCAAAGGUGUGUGUUGGCUGCAUAGCGGCUCCACCGGCCUCACCACAGUGGGCUGGGAUCACCUCGUGCUUCACCACACCAUUGGUUCAGCUGCUGGAGCUAACAGCUCCUCUUCUUAGACAUCCAACACAAUCUGUACUUUCCCUCUUGUACCUGAAACAUGACAAAGAUUAUCUCAAAAAUUAAGUGUUCUAUGUCAGGAAAUAAGGAUUGAAGCAUCUCGUCAUUCACCACUCCAGAUAUGUGCACAAUAUCUGGACUUCUGCUCUCCCAGUCUGGCCUUAGACUCUGGCCUCUAUCCACAUCUUUCAUACUGUAAAGCAUUUUUCCAUGUGUAAUUAAAUUUGAGGCAAUUCAUUUGUAUUGCAUUAUUUUACAUUAAAGGUAACUUAAUGUUGUAAUAGCAA